AGAAUACAUCCGCGCUUAAUGUUACAAGAAGAAUCAAUUUUCUACUACAUAUUCAUGCAACAUUAGAAAAAUCCGUGUAGAAAAAGUUGCCACGUUCAAGAACAAAAGUGUUUUUUAUUGAUUUAUUGUUAUUUUAAUUCAUGUUAUCUAGUGAAAAAGAUGUCAAUUAUGGAGACACCUAAAAGUGCUCGUCAACAAAUACGCACAAUGCGUAAUCACACUCCCAGAUUAUCGGAACGUAAAAAGAAACUUUUUGGCAGUACAACACAGAAAGACAAUGAACUGGAGGGUGAUGGGGAAGAUGAAAUGCUUAAGGGAAUAGCCCCCUUGGCUAGUAGAAAGUCUAGAAAUACUGGUAAAACGCCAAAAAGUACAAAAAUUAUGGAAUCAUUAAUGGGUUCUUGUAAGAAAUCGCCACGCGUUAUAAGUUUCUUUGAAACCGAAUCAGAAGAUGGUGGAGAUACGGCAGAAGAACAGAAACCUUCACCUUCUAGGCGUAGUGUUCGUUUAAGUUUGAAGAAAUCACCCAAUUCUAGUAAAUCGGAAGGGGAAUUUUCCACUUCGCCUCACAAAGAAAAUAUACCCCUCAAAACGCCCACACGCAAAGAGUCGCAAGAAGACAAGAAAUUACAGAAAAUGUUUAGCAAUUCUAUGCAAAUUACACCACGCGAUAAAACGCCCAUAGUAAUAGAUGAAACUUCCAGUGAAGAUGAGGAAAACGAACAGGAAAUGAAAGACAUUAGGCUUAGAUCCAAUAAAAAAUGUUUAACUAAAAGACAUUGUGAAAUAGAGGGUUCAACUGGUUUGAGUCCCAUGCGCAAGAAAGGCAAAACUUCUAUAUCACACAUAGAGGGUGGCUCCAUUUCUACCAAGUCCUUCUAUUCGGGUAAAAUUAAUAAAACCACCUCACCCACGAAUGGUCGUGCCAGCUGUAGAAACUUAUUUGGUCAAACAGUCAGUGGGGGAAAUACACCCUCCCAAAACAAGGCUAAAGCAUCAACUAACAGACGCAGCUUAGGUUCGCAAGCCACUUCCAUUAAUCGUGGUGUACACCAUAAAAUACGCAAACGUUCACACCCUUUCGGAUUGGCACCCAAACACUAUGCUCCCGUCGACAUUGAUCACAUACUCAACAAUGUACGCAAUGAAAAGUUACGCAAACUCAUUACAGCCAAACGUGAGGAGAAGCAGCAAAUUGAAAAAAUCCACAGCAUUUUCCGUCAAGCCAGUAAUCCCAUAGCCAUGGCACGUCCCUUAAGUGCAAUAUCACAACAAGAUGAUUCUAACAAUAAUAACAUCAAGGAAGAAGACGUUAAGCUGCACAAACCGUCGGAAUCUUCACAGUCCACCUAUCAAAACGACACUGAUUUUUCAGAUAUUGAAUGUGACAUGGAAGAGUUUAUCGAUGAGGACGAUGAUAAGGGUAAUUUAGAGAAUGCUCUUAUGGCCAUGAAUGAGGAAGUCAUACCACUUAUUACCCAUCAGGCAGAUGAUGCUUUAUCGGUUAAGUCGGAAGAUAGUUCGGCGCCUGUUAAGAGGAAAUUCUUUAAAUCAGGUCGUAGUACUACUACACGCAAAGAGGUUCAUAUAACGGAUAAUAUAAAGGCCAUGGUAACGGCCAAUGGCAAAUUGUCGAUUGUGCCGGAAAAGAAAAAAGUCAAGCGGCGCAUUAAGAUACGUAAUUCAGUCACCAAUGAAUUCUCCGAUGAACAGGCUACUGUUGAUGCUAUUUUGCGUAACUUGGAUGACACCGCAUUCGGUGACAUUAUUGUGCCCAAAGAUGAGAAUGAAGAUGAAAAUUCCAACCUCAACAGCAACGAUAAUAAUGCCUUCUUAGAUGAAAUCGAUCAACAAUUGGCCUUAAUGAAUGAAGAAGAAUCAUCGUCGAACCUAAUCGACGAUAUUGUUCUACAGGAUAAUCAAGAUUUUAAUGAUUUUCGUAAAAGAUUACCCUACAAUACCAACGAUCCGGAAAUUAUUGAACGUCAGCAUUUACUAUUGGACUUCUUAAUUACCAAUAACAUUUGCACCGAAGAAAAUUUCAAUAUUUUCAUAGCCGAUCCAGAUAAUCACAAAGCAGAGGCUGAAAGAAUUAUUGAUGAGUUAGUCAUAGUAGUGACGGAUCAUCAGAAUACCGAUUUUCGUCAGAGAAUACCCUAUAAUACCACAGAUCCAGAGCUAAUAGAACAGCAGCAUAGUUAUUUGGAUUUUCUAUUGGAAAAUAAUAUUUGCACAGAGGAAAAUUUUGAUAUAUUUAUAGCGAAUUAUGGCCAGAGAAAGGCGGAAGCAGAUGCUAUCAUUGCGCAAUAUUUAACAGGCGUUAAUGGACAAUAUAAUGACAAUCUAAAUGCACCAUUAGCUGCUGGUAAUCAACUAUUGUCAGCUGAAAAACAAAACAUGAAUUUAAGUACAAAUAGUUAUAAAACAGAUAAUACUUAUGGAACUUCUACAGCAAAUACAAUUAACAAUAAUAUUACAACUUUACCUGAACAACUUUUACAAACACCCACACCUACAACAGCCUUAAAUAUUAACAACAAUCUGCCUACCCAUAGUGGUGCUGCCGCCCUAGAAACGCCACAGCUUAAUGAAACGCAACAACAACAGAAACUAUUUCCAGUUUUCUAUCCGGGCGGUUGUCAACCCCUUAAUCUGCCUUCCACCAGACGCAAACAGCAGCAACGUGCUUGGAAUGCUGGCUAUGGCAGUAAUCAAUAUCAAAUUGAUGCCGGUCAAAAAUCAUUCGGUGCUCAUCAGUGCAAACAAUGUGGUUUAGUCUAUACUGUUCAUGAACCCGAGGAGGAGAAAUUACAUCGAGAUUUUCAUGCUUCUUUACAUAUUUUACGUUUUAAGGGUUGGAUUGAUGAGGAUAUUGUGGCAAUUUAUCCAGAGUGGGGACCGGAUGGUCGUAUUUUACGUUUGACCGAGUCAUCACCUCCUAAACGACGUGAACGUCUGAUGGAUAUUUUAAAGAUUGUCGAUAAAGAAUUGGGUUCAUCGUAUAUUGUGCCAAAAACAUUUGUCGCCUAUUUUGCUGUUCGUAAGAUGCAAAUUGUGGGUUUAUGUCUGGUACAGCCACUGGAUAAGGCGAAUAAAUAUUUGUGUGUUAAUGGUGUCGAUUGCUGUACGGAGGAACAAUUUGAGGCUAAAUGCGGCAUCUCCCGAAUCUGGGUCUCUCCUCUGCAUCGACGUUUUCACAUUGGUUCCAAACUAAUACAAGCUGUGCAAUUAAAUACAAUAUUUGGUGAAGAGGUACAACUGGAUAAAAUUGCCUUUAGUGCACCCACCGAAAUGGGCAAAGCAUUUGCACAGAAAAUUACCCAAACCGAGAAUUUUCUGGUAUAUCAAUAGAUCAA